AUGGCUUCACUUGGAAUUUCUAAAUACUUCCAUCCUGAUACUGGUCGACUGCGAGAUGAUAUCUUAAGCCCCACCCAGACCGCAUUAGAUAGCAUGUGCGAGUAUGAGGUACACGGCAACGCCCCUUGGUAUAGGUCAAUCCAAAGAAUUUCAGACAAACUUAUUCUGAAAGCCCAAAAAUGGCUUGACAAAGAAGACGAGGACGAGAAUAAGAGACGACCACAGGAGACGCCAAUCCUAUGCGACGGAGAGAGCAACAUAGCAGUCCGACGGAUUUUACUAGAGCGACGGGAAGGGGAUGCUUAUGGAGAUGGCGAAGAUGACCUGUAUUAA